AUGUUCCACCUCUCUCGCAAAGCCGAGGAGCUCAAGGACAUGUAUAUCAGGGAUGUCAUCCAGCAUUGGUGGAACUACCGGACAAAGAGAUUUCCAGAUGACUGGAGUGCCCUCAAGUUCAUCGCCAUGGAGGAUACGGUUCACAUCUACAAGGAUAGUAUUGCACUGCCUAUUGUCGGCGGUGGUUAUGCUUACAUCACACACUUCGACGUCCCUGCACAUAUUGAGCAUGACUUUGUUCUGGGCCCCAGAGAGCUUAUCAAAGAGAUAGAGUGUCUCCUGAAUAGAGACAUCGAGGACAGCUGCUACUGGGACCUUCUCAAUCAACCACUCCAAAGUGACACUUGGUUGAAGUCCAUGGAUCUGUUGGAGAAGGCAAGUAACAUAGACAAGUUGAUCAUCGUUGCAAAGCACCAACUUCGAGAGACUACAGAGAAAAACCUCCAAGUGUGGCGCGACCAAACUGGUGGAUAUUUCGAGGCUACUGUUGGCUACCUUGACUAUCAUGGAAAACUCGAGUACUUCAAAUGCGAGCUAUCCUUCCUAGCUUCUUAUCACGAAUUCUUACGGGUUCUUGAGAUACACAGGAAGCCUCCUUUUGAGCCUGAUGACAAAUCUGUCAUGGAUUCCUGGGACUUGAGCAUUCAAAUUCUCGAGACAGCAAGCACGAAGAUCACCAAAGACUUCAAAGAUAAAGUCACUGUGCUCAAGUACAAUAUUGCAGCAUUCCGAGAGACGGAUUGGAAGAGCACUGGCAUCUGGAUGUAUUCUCUUCGAGAGAUGAACGGCCCAGAAAGGGACCCUUUGUGGGUGGCAAUGGACACCAAGGGCAAUUACGUGGAGGCUAUGAGAGAAGUGGCGAAACUGCUGGCAGACCAGGAUGUCCAACAUAUGGACUGA